AUGCUUAAUCAUCAUCAUAGACCUGAUUGGAAGCUUAUCGAUGAAAUAAGUUUAAGUCUUCUGGAAGAAGGUAUUGGGAGUUACGAUGUUCUUCAAAGAGCUUUACCAUCCAUUGUUCUGAGUAAAAUUGACGAAACGGGCGACGAUUGUACUAUUGAAAGGUUGUUAAAAAUGUUUCGAAUAGCUCAGCUGCAAAUUGAAUACAUUUUGAAAACACAAGCAGAACUUGUAAAACAAGUGGAAGAGUUACAAAACCGUUUGAAAUGUGUAAGUACGGAGAAUUCGAAAUUACGAAAAGAGCUUGUCAGUGGACCGGAAACAAUAAAUUCACUAUUUAAGUGUGAUCGUUGCGACAAAUUAUUUUUGCACAGUACAUUCCUGUACGACCAUAUGAAGCGAAAACACAAGGAUGAGGAACAAUGUGAUAAUAAAUGA